CACAAUUAAGUUUCAUAUUUCUUUAUAAAGGUGGUGCUGUCUGUACCACAAACUCGCAAUCAAAUCGGAACAUCUACUGAUCUCAGUUGAUGAUGUCAAUCGUAAAGAUCCCGGACGCUGGCGGAGACAACAUCACUUUCCUGGAAGUGGAUGGUCAUCUGUAUCCAAAUGCUCCCGUUGAUUACCCCGUUGAAGUUGCUGUCAAAGGCAUGCGCGACCUCCCCAUCAGAGAGGAUGACGUCUUUGUCUGCGCUUAUCCUAAAUGUGGUACUCACUGGGUGUGGGAAAUGGUCCGCCUUCUUCUGUCAGGCGACACAGAGACUGUUAUAAACAAGGAGAGAUUUAUGUUAGAAUUAACCGGAAAUGACGUCCUAGAGAAGUUCCCGUCCCCGCGAAUUUUAAACACGCAUUGCCUUGUCGAGCAGCUGCCACGUGGUGUGUUUGAGAAGAAGUGCAAAAUCAUCUACAUUCUUCGAAAUCCCAAGGACAUGGCAGUGUCGUUUUUCCACCACCACAAGAAACUGACCAAAUGUUAUGAAUAUCAUGGGAAAUGGGAAAAUUAUUUCCCUUUCCUGCUGGAUGGGAAAGUUGACUACGGCUCGUUUUUCACAUACAUGAAGGAAUGGGCUGCCAUUGGGACAACCCAUCCCGACUUGCCAACCUUGACCCUGGUGUAUGAAGAUCUAAAAGAGGAUCCACUUUCCGGUAUUAGAAAGUUAGCAAAGUUUCUGAAUGCUGAGAAAUCGGAGGAAUUCUACCUACAAGUAAAAGAGUUGACGAGUUUCAACAAAAUGAAGGAAUCGAAAGGCAAAUUCUUUGAAGAACCUGAUGGCUCAGCUAUUAUGUACAGAAAAGGUGAAGUUGGCGACUGGAAAAAUUAUUUCACUGUGGCCCAGAAUGAGAUAUUUGACAGAAGAUACAAGGAACACAUGGCUGAUUGUGAAAUAAACUUUAGAUACACGCUGCAGUAAGAAUCGAAGAUGAAGGUGUCCAAUGGGUAAUAUAUGCCCAUGUAUCGUCACGAGAACAAGAAACAAAUUACUACAGAACUGAUAUUAUAUUUACUAUGCAAGGCUAUACUUUAAAUCUAAUACUUACUGAAUUUUGUUUAGAAUUCUAUUUUACAUAAUCUGGUGCUUCUGUGUAGGUGCGUGUGUGUAUACAGUGAAUAGUCUUUCAUAUAUGUGUAUCCAAGUUUAAGACUGUGACGUUAAACGACAUUUAUAUACUGACUGAUUCCAUUUCGACAUAAAUGACCCUGGUUUAGAAAGUUAUGAAAAUUAUAUCUCACUUCCCGAAAUAUGCGCAUGUUCAUGUCCGUUUCACUAUCUAGAUGAUUUUUGAAAAUCAUGACAAACACAUCACUUGCCCGAAAUAUUUAAUAUCUUGAAGGGUUAUGGAAAGCAAUAAACAACAUUCGUUUGUGCUCCUAUACCGCUGAACAUUAUCAUUAAAUUGUAAAUAAAAGCGACAAAUCCCUUU